AUGGGAGGUAUUGUUGACAGAUCCCAGUGUGCAACUAUUCACGAUGCCUUAACAGGAUCCGCGGACGAACUUCACGUGGACAUAAAUACCAAUAUGGCAGCCCCUUCCUCUUCUCCAGUCCACUUCGACGAGGCAAUAGGGCCAUUCAACGACGUCCAAAUCGCAGAAAACAGAGGAAUGCUUAACAAGGACCAAUGUAACAUAAUUCAGGGCCUCGCAGAGUCCUCCACCAGUUCCCCCAGGGAACGAAUCACUGCUGACUUAGAGCAAUUCCAGAAACUCCUCAAUGAAAUGCUGCAACCAACAGAUGUCACAGUCCUAAAGGCGUUUCGUCUUGAUAGCCGUACAAAUGCCGCCCGUAGGACGCGACCACGACCCCUAAAAACCGUCCUACGUAGCAAUGAGCAGGCGAAACUAAUACUUUCCAGGCGUUUUCGAUUGAAGCAUUCCCAUAAAGGAGUGUUUUUUCAGCCGGACUACUCACCUGCCGAGAGCAUGAAACGCCGCGAACUUGUCCUAGAAUUGAGAACACGGCAAACCAACGGAGAAAAAAACUUGACAAUCUACAACGACCGGAUUGUCAAACGACUUUCCGCUUCCCUCUCGAUCAAGCCGAUCCGAAUGACUGCACAGCUACCCCAGUAG